AACCAGUAGGGGGUGGUGAGAUUAGUUUCCCUCGCCUUCAUCAGCAGCGUCCGUUCUUAGACGUCACUUCCACAGCAAACUCUCCCUUCCGGAAAUCACAAGCAAGCGUGACCUACGUUUCGUGUCUGUAACAGGCUUAAAAAUGCGUUACGUGGCCGCUUACCUACUGGCAGUACUUGGUGGCAACAACACCCCCUCCUCCAAGGAUAUCAAGAGCAUCCUCGGGAGUGUCGGAAUAGAGGCCGAUGAUGAGCGUCUUGACAAGGUUAUCGGUGAACUUAAUGGAAAAGACAUCAAUGAAGUCAUGAACGCAGGUCUCUCAAAGUUAGCCUCCGUGCCAGCAGGUGGUGCUGUCAUGGCCUCUGCCGCAGCUGCAGGUGGAGGUGGAGCUUCUGCAGCUGGGGAAGCCCCUGCCGCGGAAGAGAAAAAGGAGGAGAAGAAAGAGGAAUCAGAGGAGUCUGAUGAAGACAUGGGAUUUGGGCUCUUUGAUUAAUCUUUCUUUUUUUGAUAAAAAUAAAAACAAAAACAGAAAAUUGCAA